AUGUCCUCUUCCCUCCCUCCCCGCGACCCCGCCAUCGAGAAGCCUCAGAGCGGGCUCUCCCACGGCGCCAACUUGGAACAAGCCACCCGCAAAGUCAACCGGUUCGCUAAACGCGACCCUGCCUUGUACCCUUUGAGUAUCAUCGUGACUGGUGUUUUGGGCGUUGCUGGGUAUUUCUUCUUUACAAAGUCAACAGAGCCCGAGCCGCAGAGGAAGUUGAUGGCCAGCGGGAUGGUGCAGCCUUGGGACAAUGCGAGUCAGCACGAGACCCAUCCUUCUUCGGUGGCGCAGUUCAAGUACCGAUACAAGACUCGGGAGGGGCACUAUGAGGAUGCUCAUCCUACUUUGAACCAGACUGUCGAGCACUUGAAGGAGCACAAUGCGCACAAGUACCGUACUGCCUAA